AUGUGUCCUCUCUCUCUCGCAGCGUCGUCGGAAGAGGUUCAUCUGACCCCGGAGUCUUCGCCGGAGCUCACCAAGAAGUCGUGGUUCGGUAGCCUGAUGACCACGGAAAAGGACGAGACCUUCACCAUCCUGGUGAAGGGCAAACCGCUGGCCACCGUCAAGGCUGACCUCAUCCACGCCUUCCUCUCGAUCGCGGAGCUGUCGCACAGCGUGGCCAGCCCCAUGUCGUUCCGCGUGGAGUACAAGCGCGGUUCGACGGCGCCGGCCGUGUUUCAGCGCCAGGUGCGCUUCCAGGUGGACGUGGCGGCGGUGUCGAAGCCGCCCGGCGCGCCCGCCUCCCCCUCCCCGCAUGCGCUGUCACCGCUAGCGCCCCACGACGGCCCCAAGGAGUACCUCUACGCCGUCACCUUCACCCUGCUCUCCGGCAACAUCCGGCGCUUCCGGCGCGUGUGCGAGCACAUCCAGUCGCAGGUGUGCAGCCGGCGGCCGCCGCCGUCGCCGCGCGCCGCGCGCAAGUUCACCACGGAGCUGAGCGAGAGCUCCAGCUGCGGCUCCGACACCUCGGAGCGCCUCUCGCCGCACCCGGGCACCAGACAGGUGGAGUCUGACAUCGAGGCGGAGACUUCGCCCUUCGACGUGAAGUCGCCAACGCGGGAGUCGCCCGCGGCUGCGCCGCGGCGGCGCUGGCGGCGCGGAGGCGCGGCGGCGCGGGGGCAGCUUGGGCAGCAGGAAGGCGGCGGUGGCGGUAGCCGGUGUUAUGGUGAUUUUGUGACCUGGCUAGGUCCAACAGCUGCUUGAGGCUCCAUCUACAUGACGUGCCAUGGCUCCUGGGCAAAGUCACCCGUUAGAGCUCGUCAAUUAUGACCUGUCGCCAGCCAUCAUGUGCGACAUAGUCUUCCUCACUGCUCUCGCUGCCUGGCUGCUGGUUCUGCUAACUGACAGAAGGGGCAGUUAAACUGGCUGGUGCACGUGCACCAUCAGUUAACAAGGGCAUGAAAGCAAAUGGUCUGAUACUUAAGUGCACGUAACAAAUAUACAGAUGUACUUUCUGUACUCAUAUCAGCCAGGGAAUGCCACUACAUUCCACUUGCUUGUGCAGUUGGUUUAGACUCUGGUGCAUAACACGUUUGUUACUGCGUUCGCGUUCUGUUCUGCACAAAGUGAUGUAUAGUAGACUGUGUUGUAUUGACUGUCAUUGUUAUGUUUUGUGUACUCCUUGUUGAACAAGUAAGUAGAAUUUGUCAUUUCACCUCUGUCACCAAAAGAAGCAAAUUUCCUAAGUUUCCCUGCUGCAUUCUGAGAGGAUGUGCUCCCAAGGAUGAGCAGGGCUUCGGUCUAAUGGCCGCUGCUUUGAAGCAGCAGGACAGAAGUUGCCAGUGCAGGAAUUACCCUUGUGUGACAGUGUGUUAUAUUUGCAUAUGUUGGGCUGCUAGUUUUUUCUAUGUCCUCUAGUGACAUAGUGUGUUUGUUCACAAAUAAUAUGGGGACUGUCAUUUCACAAUUCACUACCUGGUGCAGAGUCAGAGCUAUUUAUUUUGGCAAGUUGGGCUGUUGAGCAGAUGGCUUCUAGGAUAUUGGCUGUGGGUUAGUCCUCUCUGUGACCUCAGGCACUGCACUGUUAUUCAGUGCAUGUUUUCUUAGCAUUGUAAGUUUAGGAUGCUUGAAGUGUCAAAUUGGUAUGAUCGGUUGAAGUAAAUUUGUAAGACCUUGCCAUAAGACUGAAUUCUUGGAAGGUGUUGCAGUAAUGUUGAUGUUGCGAUAUAUGUGAUCAAUCAAUGACUGAACAUACUGGGUAGUUAGAAUUGUCAAGUAUUGAGUUGGAAAAGUCUUGAAUUGCACUGCCUGUAAGACUGCCUGAACAGUAGACACUAAUUGCUGUCCUUGAGAAUGUCAUUCUUCUGUUGAAUCUCAUUAACACCACAAAUUGGAGGUAACCGAUUCCUGUACAGUGCAGAUGAUGGAGGAGUAGAAAGAGGAAAUGCUGAGAUUACCACUAUUAUCAAAGAUGUAAGCCUCAUAUCUACACACAACAUAUUAUAAUCUCCCUUAAUGGCCACAAAGUUUGUAUUUAAUUACUCAAUUAAAAAAUUAUCUUAUAUUUGUCAAAGUUCUUUUGACAAUAAGUAAUGUCCUAAAUGAAGACUAAAAUUAAAUCAAUGAAUACUAUUGGAAAUUUAAUAUUAAUAUAAACAAUUGCUGUUGU